AUGUCCGCCGCCGGAAAUGCUCACGUCGUCGUCUUCGCAUUUCCUUUCGGCUCCCACGCCGCCGCACUGCUCGACCUUGCGCGGCGGAUGGCGGCGGCGGCGCCGGGCGUCCGUUUCUCGUUCUUCAGCACGGCGGCGACCAACCGGAAAGUCGCCGAUCUGCCCAGCAAUUUGAAGGUCUACGACGUCGACGACGGCGUGCCCGACGGACAUGUUCUCACCGGAAACCCCCUGGAGGCCAUCGGAAUGUUCAUCGACGCCACGCCGGAGAAUUUCAGACGACAGCUGGGGGAGGCGGUGGAGGACGCCGGAGCGAGGAUUACGUGUCUGCUGACGGAUGCGUUUCUGUGGUUCGCGGCGGAUGUGGCGGAGGAAUUGGUGGUUCCAUGGGUGGCGGUGUGGACGGCGGGGCCGACGGCGGCGGCGCUCCACAUGUACACUGACGAAAUCCAUCGCCGAUUGGGAGACGGCGAUCGCCAUCCCGCCGGAACCCUAGAUUUCCUCCCCGGAAUGUCUGCCAUACGCGUCGGUGAUUUACCGAUGGAGAUCUUAAACUUAGACACUCCGUUCGCGCGUCUCCUACACUCGAUGGGGCGCGUGCUACCACGCGCCGCCGCAGUCGCGGUCAAUUCGUUCGACGGAAUCGAGCCCGCCGUGGAGGACGAUCUCAAAUCGAAGUUACAAAAAUUACUCACCGUCGGACCGCCGCCGGCUCCGCGGCGGAGCGAAGACCAGUCCGGCUGCCUCGCGUGGCUGGACCGCCACUCCGCCGCCGCCGUCGUCUACAUCAGCUUCGGAUCAAUGCUGACGCCGCCGCCGGAGGAACUCGCCGCCGUAGCCGACGCCAUUGAAGAGGAAGGGAUUCCUUACCUCUGGUCGAUCCGAGAGAGUCCACAGCGGCAAUUAUUACAGGAAUUCUUCGACAGAACCGAAUCGAUCGGAAAAGUCGUCGGCUGGGCGCCGCAGCCUGAGGUUUUAGCGCAUCCGUCGGUCGGCGUUUUUGUGACGCACUGCGGGUGGAACUCUGUGACGGAAAGCAUAAUCGGCGGCGUUCCGAUGAUCUGCCGGCCAUUUUUCGGGGAUCAGAUGAUAAACAGGCGGCGCGUGGAGGAGACGUGGCAGAUCGGGGUUGGGGUGGGCGGCGGCGCGUUUAGCAGAGACGCCGUCGUGAGGGCUUUGGCCAUCGUGAUGAGGUCCGACGAAGGAACAAAAUUCAGAGAGAAUAUUUCGAGGCUUCAAAAAUGCGCUUUUAGUGCAAUUGAGGAAAACGGAAGCACGACUUUGAAUUUUGAGUCGCUAAUUAGAAUCGCCACUUCUCCGCAAAAUUAG